AGAGAGAGAGAGCGCGUUUCGCGCGAUUUCUCGAAAUGACCGCGAGCGUCGACCAGGUACUCGCACGCGACGGUUCUCGUCGACGCUAGUCGCCGCCGUCGGUGACCGUUUCUCGAUACAUCGUGCGAGUCGCUCGCUAUCGCGGUGCCGUGAUUCGUCGACUCGAUGAUCCUGGUCGCGUGGAACGCGUCAUCCUCCUCGGUGGAAUUGCAAACGCGACUCGAGUUUCGCUUCGUCGGCGACGGAGUUUGCCGGUAGUGAGAUCCAACGGACGAUUGUCAGCUGACAGGCGGCCAACGACGACGACGACGACGACGACGAUAAGAAGAAGCGGAAACGGAAGCGGAAACGGAGGACACGUGGAAACGUUUCAUCGACGUCCGAUUCGACCUUGCCCCGGUGCGCUAGGAUGUCUAGUUUGGACGGCUGAUUACGAAUGCCGUGGUGUUAGCUCUCGGGGAGGAUGUUCCACGGGGGCGGAAGCAGCGGUUACGGCGCGAGUUCCGACUACCAACAGCAGUCUCAGCAACAACAACAGCAGCAACAGCAACACGGCCAGCAGCUUCAGGCGCCCGUCUACGUACCAUCUUCCAGGCCGACGAUCCCGUCGGCGGCGACAGCCGCGGCAGCCGCUGCGGCGGCGGCUCAGUAUCACUCGUUCCCCGGUUCUGGCUCGCCAGCUUGGGAGAAGACCGCGGCCUCGUGGCAGCAUGGCGUGGAGACGUACGCCGCGCACCACGCGCUCGCUGGCCACGCGAGCGGAUCCGCGGCCGCGGCUGCGGCUGCCGCCGUCGCCAUGGGUCCGCAUUCUGGCCACGCGCACCCUCAUCCGCAUCCGCACGCGGCCCAUCCGCACACCGGACACCCUCAUUCGAGCCUCGCCGCGGCCGCCCCCUUUUACGCCCAAAACGUCGCCAUGAUGUCCUCCUGGCGAGCCUACGAUGGAGCUGGAUUUCAACGGGCCUCUCCCUACGACACCGCGAUGGAUUUUCAAUUCGGCGAGGGUCGCGAGUGCGUUAAUUGCGGAGCUAUAUCGACGCCACUUUGGAGGAGGGACGGCACCGGGCAUUAUCUGUGCAACGCGUGCGGACUCUAUCACAAGAUGAACGGAAUGAACAGACCGUUGAUAAAACCGUCCAAACGUCUGACAGCCACCAGGCGAUUGGGUUUGUGCUGCACGAAUUGCGGUACCCGCACCACCACUCUCUGGAGGCGCAACAACGAAGGCGAACCUGUUUGCAACGCUUGCGGUCUCUACUUUAAGCUACACGGCGUCAACAGACCUCUCGCGAUGCGAAAAGACGGUAUUCAGACGCGAAAACGAAAACCGAAGAAGACGCCCGAAUCGAACGCCAGAUCGUCCACGGUGGAUCACGAUACUACCGCCGUCUCGGCCGCUUCUUCUCCGUCCACGGAAUUGAAGGGUAGCCAACAGCAACAGCAGCAGCAGCAGCAACAACAACAACAACAGCAACAACAACAGCAGCAGCAUCAAAUCGAGGUGUCCAAGUCGACCGCCGGUGGCGCGUCCAGUUCGUCGGACAGACCGGUCUACCUCGGACACACGUCUCUAUUGGCGACCGGAAGCGUAGCUACGGUGAAAACCGAACCGCGUAGUUGCGACGGCAUUGUCGGUCAACCGUACUCCUCGUAUUACCAGCAUCCUCAUCAACUGGGGGUGGCGACCAGCGAGCAUCAACAGCAAACGUACUACGGGAGCCAGGAAGCGCCCUAUCAUCAUCAACAUCACGUUACCGCGGCUGCCAAAUUGUUAGCCUCCACGUAAUUUGAUCUCAACGUCGAAGAAUCGACGGGACGAUUUCCGCGAUACGCCAACCGCCGACGCGAAACGGACGACGAGCGCGUUCCUUCGUCGUUGUUCGUCGUCGUCGUGUGUAUUUCGUUUUUCGUUUCUCGCUUGUCCGUUGUCGUUCAUCGUUGUUACAUUGCCGCGUACGUUCCGUGCAACGAACCGUACGCGACCGAUAAGCGAACCAGCGGAAUGGAUAAGCGAGGUUUAUGCUUUCGUCGAUCGUUCGUCGACGAUUCGCCGCCGUAUAUUUAGUUUUCUCGUCGUCUUCGUCCCUCGAAAAGAGAAAAAGGAAACGUCGUCGUCACCACGCUACGUGCUAUCGACCGACUUUCAUCGAUUUCGGCGUCGACACCUCGCUGUCUCA